UCAAACACUCACCGCCUCCAUGUUGGAAACAGCACAUAGAAACAAUUAUAUAUUUUUUCAUAUUAGAUACACCGAAAAAAAAGGAUUAAACUGUCGUACACCAUAAACGAAAUUUUGAUAGAGAGUCUGAGGAUAACAGAGGCGAGGACUGUUUUUUUUUUUUUUUGUAAUGUGUAUGUUACUCCAGGUCAAAACAAUCCUCCGUGUGCCGAUGCAGCAGCGAGUCUUUGGUUCUCCGUAGGCAAACGCUUUAUUUUAUUUUUCCUUUAUUUUAUUUUGUUGUUAUUUGUUUGCGCUUAUGCAUUCUACAUGCUGAACAAAAGGGGGUGCUUGCGCUGAGGUGGUGCUUGGUUUUCGACCACUACUAGCAAGCUAGCUGGACUUGUAGAAAUAGCUAGCUAGCUAGUUAGCUAGCUAUUGAUAAUAAAAACAAGUGAAUUAAAAAGGAAUAACAUCCGUUUCCAUGGACCACACGUCCAUAAUUACCCAGGUUUCUAACCCAAAGGAGGAGGAGAUCAUUUCUUCCAGUCAAGAAAAAGUUUCCCAGUCAAACAGCAGCUUAAAGAAGCAGCGAAACAGAAGUUUCUUCAGCGCCUUCUUUUGCUGUUUCCGUGACUACAAUGUGGAACCUCCCUCCACCAACAACAACACCAGCUCCCUACCACCACCUGUGGAGGAGAAUGGGACUGUUCCUAAGUGUGACCAGGUCCAGGUUAUCCCCAUCCCUAGUCCUCCUGCCAAAUACCUCCUGCCUGAGAUGAACACAUCUGACUAUGGCAAGAAGUGUGUGGUGAUCGACCUGGACGAAACCCUGGUACACAGCUCCUUCAAGCCCAUUAGCAACGCUGACUUCAUCGUGCCGGUGGAGAUCGAUGGGACCGUUCAUCAGGUGUAUGUUCUGAAGAGGCCGCAUGUGGACGAGUUCCUGCAGAAGAUGGGCGAGCUGUUCGAGUGUGUCCUCUUCACGGCCAGCCUAGCCAAGUAUGCGGACCCCGUGGCUGACCUGUUGGACCAGUGGGGCGUGUUCCGAGCGCGGCUCUUCAGAGAAUCCUGCGUGUUCCACAGAGGGAACUACGUGAAAGACCUCAGCCGGCUGGGGAGGGAGCUCAGCAACGUCAUCAUCGUGGACAACUCGCCCGCAUCCUACAUCUUUCACCCCGAGAACGCGGUCCCCGUGCAGUCGUGGUUUGAUGACAUGGCGGACACGGAGCUGCUAGAUCUCCUCCCGUUCUUUGAGGGCCUGAGCAGAGAAGAGGACGUUUACAGCGUGCUACAGAAUCUGAGAGGCAGGUAGCGGAGCCCCAAAACCCAGCACCCCCUCCUCCAGCCUGACCCCGCUCUCUCUCCAGCACGGCUCAGGUCCUCUCCCACCUCGGCCUGUAGAGGGCGCCGCAGAGCGGCGCUCCCGAGGACGCCAGCGCCCCGCCUGCCCUUCCCGCCUCUGCUGCACCCUGAUUGGACAGAAUGUUUGCAGCGCGCUCAUCUUAAUCCUGACAUGGGAACUUCCUAUUGGCCAGAAAAAGAAAAGAAAAAAACGUCUAUAUUUGUAAUUUGGAGAGAAAAAAAAGUUAAAAAGAAAAAGAACUUAAUUUUUUAUCCAAGAGACACAAUCCUGUUAAGCUCUUUAUAUUUACCAAAAACAACCUUUUUCCUGUUAAUUAUUUUUUGUUUGUUUUUUGUUUUUAAAAAAGAGGAAAACGCUGAAUCCAAUUUUCUUUUGACCCUUACAUUGUUGCUAUGCAGGCAGUUUUUUCUUGAUCUUCAGUAAUUUAAAGGACUGUUUUUUUUUUUUUUUUCUUUCCUUACUGAAUUGAAGUGCCUUUUCGAAUGUUGUUUUUACAAGAAAAACAAACUUCCAUUUUGUACGCAGCAUAUUUCCAGAGAACUGCAAUCUUUUAAUGAGUAUAUGCUUUAAAACAAGCAAAUAUGAAACUUUAUAAGAAAGCACUGUUAUUUAUGCUGAAGAUUUUUUUAAAUAUCAUUUGACGCUGGGUACAUGUCUCCUUAAUAUUCAAAAUGGUGUUUCUUUCAGUUGGCAAGUGCUCAUGCCAUUAUAUAGAAGUGAUUUUUCUUUCUUUAGUUCAUUAUACAUAGCAAUGUUUUAGCAUCCUUGUAGGCUUUGAUGAAGGGGAAGAAUGCAUUUGCAAUUGUGAAAUUACAUUAGAGGUCAUCUUGGCUGCAGGCUCCCAAUGGCAAGUUUUUGUUGUAUUUAGCUGGGGUGAAAUAACUUUAACCCUGAGGUGACAGUGCCAAUUGUACUUUGAAAAGAUGCCAUACACUGGAUUCUCUAUGGUCGUGCCAGGUGCGGAGUGCUUCUCAUUGAAUUGAAUGUGUGCUUCGUUCAUUUUGCUUUUUAAAUUGGGAAUACAAGCAUGUGCGUUACCCUCUUCCACACCUUAAAAUUAAAGUUAUGUGGCCACAUGUGUCUUUUUAUGUUUUUAUUAUCAUUUUAACUUUUAGUGUUUUUACAUCUGAUGAGCUUCUAGGCUCAUUUGGUGCU